AACUUCCGUUUCGCUAAUGGAAGCUACUCGGGGCGCUCAGGGCGGCAGCAUAGGGAGGGAGAGUCCAGUGUGGGAUUGAGGCUGCGCGGGGCCCGGCAGUCUGGGGGGGGGGUGAUGCCCGAACCCAUCAGGGCUGAAGCGGCCACCCCCCUGCCGCACCGUGGUCCCAGCCACGCCCCAGCACAGGGCGGGCUCCCAGGGUGCCCUGCGCCGCGAGGGGCUCCGAGCGGUCCUGCCCGGAAGUAGGGUCUGGCGCCCGGAAGUGGUUUUAGUUCCGGGUCGGGGUCGCCUCACUAUGGAGUCGCUGUGGAGGCUGAAGCGGUUCGAUGCGUUUCCCAAGACCCUGGAGGAUUUUCGGGUCAAGACCUGCGGGGGCGCGUUAGUGACAAUAAUCAGUGGACUUAUCAUGCUCCUGCUUUUCUUCUCAGAGCUGCAGUACUAUCUCACCAAGGAAGUUUAUCCUGAACUGUAUGUUGACAAAUCAAGAGGAGACAAGUUGAGGAUUAAUAUAGAUGUUGUCUUUCCACAUAUGCCUUGUGCUUAUUUGAGCAUUGAUGCAAUGGAUGUGGCAGGAGAGCAGCAGCUAGAUGUGGAGCACAAUCUCUUUAAACAACGUUUGGAUAAAGAUGGAAAUCCUGUUACCACUGAGGCUGAGAGACAUGAGCUGGGAAAAGAAGAGGAGAAAGUGUUUGAUCCAGAUUCCUUAGAUGCUGAUCGCUGUGAGAGCUGUUAUGGAGCAGAGUCAGAGGACAUCAGGUGCUGUAAUUCCUGUGAUGACGUGAGAGAAGCAUACAGGCGGCGUGGCUGGGCCUUCAAGAAUCCUGACACUAUAGAACAAUGCAAGAGAGAAGGGUUCAGCCAGAAAAUGCAGGAGCAGAAGAAUGAGGGCUGCCAAGUGUAUGGAUUCUUAGAGGUCAACAAGGUAGCUGGAAACUUUCACUUUGCACCUGGAAAAAGCUUUCAGCAAUCUCAUGUCCAUGUUCAUGAUUUACAGAGCUUUGGACUUGAUAACAUCAAUAUGACGCAUUACAUCAAACAUCUCUCAUUUGGGAGGGAUUAUCCAGGCCUUGUCAACCCUUUGGAUGGGACAGAUGUCACUGCACAGCAAGCUUCCAUGAUGUUCCAGUACUUCGUCAAAGUGGUCCCUACCGUCUAUAUGAAAGUUGAUGGUGAGGUGGUGAGGACUAACCAGUUUUCAGUUACCCGACAUGAGAAAAUAGCCAAUGGGCUAAUAGGAGAUCAGGGCCUCCCUGGUGUAUUUGUGCUCUAUGAACUUUCUCCCAUGAUGGUGAAACUGACAGAGAAACACAGGCCCUUUACACACUUCCUGACAGGAGUCUGUGCCAUUGUUGGAGGAGUAUUUACAGUGGCAGGCCUCAUAGACUCCUUGAUCUAUCACUCUGCUCGUGCCAUUCAGAAGAAAAUUGAGCUUGGAAAAACAACAUAGAUAUGAAAUUACUGCAGCCAUGAAGAAUGCAGAGAAGAAAGAAAUCCUUCAAGACACAAGUGACCCGCUGAGUGUGCAAAAAGAAAAUACCUGGAAUUGCUGGAUGGCCCCACCCAUCCUUCCAUCAUUAUCUCAUCAUGUUUUAUUUAACAUUGAUUUGUGGAUGGGACAACUCAACCCUUGUUCCUGUGAGGAUUUUUCAUUAGCCAUUGUCAGGCUGCACAGACUCUCUUGAGGGCAGCCUUUCGUACUCUUCACUGUUGAAUUGCUGUUGCAGGAGGAGCAGCAUCCUGUCAUGGGAUGCUGAAUGGAUUGAAGUUGCCAUUAAACAACCCGCUCUCCCCCAUUAUUACUUUUAUGUUCAGAAUAUUUACAAAUAUGUUCACAGGAUACAAUAUCAGAUGUGUGAGAAUAGGCAGACCCCUCUUGUUUUUCCCUGCAGAAGCUCUCAGGUAAUAAAGUGUAAGGCCUAGCACACAAGAACCACAUGUUUGCAUAAGGGCAGCUCAAAACUGCUCUUUCAGUGCAAGAAAAGUGAUCUGUGUUAAUAAGAGACCGGUCUUGGCUGUUUUAAAAAUAUUUCAACUUUUUUAACUGGAUCAUAUUUUCACUCCCCAUGUCCUUACCUUUUUGUAAUAAAUACAUCAUCUGUGGUUUUAGUAAAGCAUUUGGUAGAGUGACUCAAUGUAACUUAAUUAAUUUAUUAAAAUGUAUUCAUUGACUUUGA